UUAUCCUGCUAAGUAACUCUGGAACAACAAUAGGUGUCACUUCACUUCCAAUUCCAUCCUCAAUUCUGAAAAAGCAGCCUUUUUUCUCUCUCACACACUAAAUGGCUGCUGCAGCUUCUUUUUCCUCCUCUAUCUGCAACAGAAUAUACAACCUUUCCCUCACCAACUCUUCCAUUUCACGCACCUCCAUCUUCCUUCAGAGACCCAUUUUCCAAAAGCCACCCAAUCUUAGCCACAAGUCACAAAGUUUCAGUCUUUCAUUUCUCCCACUUCAUCGUCUGUCCCCACCGUUCGCCACCUUCGAUGGUUUGGAAGUGGGUCAAGACAUCACAGAGUCCCGACAAGACGAACCGGUAACAGAAACCUCUGAAAAAACAGAACAAGAGGAAGAGCGAAAAGUUUCAGACUCCAGCGAUAACGAUGCCGGGAGGCUCUAUAUUGGAAACUUGCCAUAUUCAAUUACUAAUUCCCAAUUGGCAGAGCUCUUUGGAGAAGCUGGCAGCGUGGUGUCUGUUGAGAUUGUGUAUGAUCGCGUCACGGGUAGAAGCAGGGGAUUCGCAUUUGUUACAAUGGCGAGUGUAGAGGAUGCUAAAGAGGCAAUUCGAAUGUUUGAUGGCUCUCAAGUUGGUGGUAGGACUGCGAAGGUAAACUUCCCAGAGGUACCGAAAGGCGGGGAAAGAUUGGUAAUGGGGGCAAAAGUGAGGGAGAACUACAGAGGGUUUGUAGACAGCCCUCACAAGAUCUAUUGUGGAAACCUUGGGUGGGGAGUGAACUCACAGGGUCUUAGAGAAGCUUUUGCUGAGCAGCCAGGCGUAUUGAGUGCCAAAGUCGUCUAUGAGAAGGACAGCGGAAGAUCUCGAGGUUUCGGCUUUGUUUCUUUCACAACUGCUGAGUCUGCAGCAGCUGCCUUGGACUUUAUGAAUGGUGUGGAAGUACAAGGUCGGCCAUUGCGGUUGAAUUUGGCUGAGGCUAGGACAGCAUCAUCUCCUCCAGGAAUCAAUGUUGAAAGCUCGGAAUUGGUCUCAAGUGCCACAACAUAAACAAAUUUAAUCGAUCAAAUUUUUGCCCGUCAUAUCGGUUAUACAGUAAGUAGAUCCUCAGGCAGUUCUCAAAUGUAUUUUUUAUCAUAUCUAUAUGGGGUCGAUGUUAAUUACACUCUUUGUAAUUAUGAAAGGCUAGCUUUCAGAGUUUGGUCAACUAAUAAUUUAUUCAAGUGAAUUCUUUUUAAGUCCUAAA